CUUUGAAAACCAUACUGAGUUUACAGUCAAGUGUACCUAAGGGAAUUCAUCCUCUUAUUUUGUUUUGGAGUGGAUCUGAUAUCGAGUAAGAGCGCCUCCGUAAAACAACAAGCUAGCCUGUUAGCUAGCCUUUCGGCCGGGAGUGCAGUAGGUCACAUAGUUGAAAACCAAAGCACCAGAUAUGGCAGAUGAGUCUGGAAAGGGUGGGCAGAGUCCUGAGGAGGGUGGAGAUCCAGAGGAAGCCCAGCGAUGUCCUAUCUGUCUCAGUUCUCUUCGGCAGGACGAUCAGGCACGACCUGACAGCUGUAGCCAUGUGUUCUGCUUGGGGUGCAUCCUGCGCUGGUCUGAGAUGAUGCAUUCCUGCCCGGUGGACCGCAGACCAUUCUAUGCGAUCUACAAACAUGACUUUUUACGAGGGCAUAUCAAGGUUCCAGUGAAAACACCACAGAGGUCUGAGCUUGACCAGUGUACCUGUAAAGACAGUGAAACAGCCAGUCAUGUUUUAACGAAAGAGAAAACUGGGAGAGUUGUGGAGAGGACGAAUGCCAAAGUAAAAUGCCUCAACAGAAAACGUGAUGAUGAUGGUUCGACUGGUUUAAUAAAGAAAAAGGUAAGAGAAACCCAGUGCUGCGCCCAGCAGCUUUCCCAGCAGUUUCUGCCCACUCAGUUUGCCUCUCAGGGGGGGGCCCUUAAUGUGCUCACUCAGAACACUGUUGGACCUAUGGUGGCAUCUGAGGAGGAUCCUGAUGAAGUGUGGAGACAAUGCCACAGAGAGAGAGGAGAAAUUGACCACUGGCAGCCUCUCUCUGUCCCUUUUCCUUCACCAGACCUCUCAGAAUAUUCUCACCAUCCCCAGAUGUUGAGUAGCAGUGACUUUACCCACAGAAUCCCCUCACCUCUCUCUACCUCUCCUGCCCCACUGGGCUUGGGACACAUUUUCUUUCAGGGAAGAGUUUGUGCAGUCACCUGUUCUAAAGGUGAGGAGAAAAAGGGCACCAGGGCAUCUGCUUCCAAAGGUUCUACCAGACAGACAGAGACCCUGAACACCAGGCGCUCAGCCCGACACAGCAAGACUGAAGCUCAGGAGUCUGCUUCAUCCCAGUCUCAACAAUACGACUCUGACAGGUCUUCUCCUACGGAGUCCUUGACAGCAGUUGACAGAGUUUCUGAUGACACGCAAGCUUCUACAAGCAGCCCUAAACAGACAGCCAAGGGUAAGAUUCGCAGCAAAAGAAGAGCUGGAACAAAGAAAAGGGUCUCACGCAGAGUGGUAAGCAGUCAUGUAGAGAGUGAGGAGGAUGAGGAAGAGGACGGAGAAAAAUGUAAGGAGAACGAUGGUGAUUUAGAUGCUUCUGAGAGUCAGGGAUCGGGAGCAGAUGAGAAAAAUGCAUCGCACAAUCCCAAAGAGGACUCUGCUGACUCAGACCCUGGAGGUCAUGACUCAGAGGGUCAAGUGGCCGUGGCAGAAGGUCAGAUAAAUCUAAUGGAAGAUGGAAUUUUUUCUACUAUUGCAAAGCCAGCACAAGAAGAGGAAAGAGAUACAGAGGAUGAACCAGAAUCAGAUGAUGACACUAAGCUAGAAGACAACCAGCAGGCAUCGUCCCCCAAAGAGAUAGAAACGAUGAACCAGCAGGUACCUGAGGUCAAAGAGGAUAACUCAUCAUCAUUUCCAGAAAGGGAGGUAUCCCAGGGAAAUUCACCCUCAUCAGCUGAUGCCGAGGAGGUCAAGUAUGAGGAUCCUUUUGAAAGUUCGUGCUCGCCUAAAAUUGUUCAACCUCUGGACGAUGAAGCAACCACCUCUGAGGUAAAUACUACUGAAAAUAUCACCGACCCAAACACAGAACCGAUGAAAUCUGAGACCGCAUCUAAUAUACUUGAGGGGUUAAAUCAGGACGCCUGCAGCUUACCUGAAUCCAGCAGUAACACUCCUCAGCAUGAACCUCUCGAUGACACCGCAUCCCAGCAAGAUGAGGGUCUUAAAGAGUUUAUUCAAGAUCAAGAGGUACCAGAAUGUGUUGGCAACAGUGAAGAAUGUCCACAGGAUAACACGGAAGCCAUUCCCAUGGACUGCGACUCACCACAGUCAGAGAGUGGAGUCCAGAUUGCUGAUCUGUCAAAGGAAUGUGACAGUGCUGUAAAUACAGUCUCCGCUGUGUCAGUCAAUCAUGUUACUUGCCAGGACAAAGACCAAAGCAGCCAGAGUCAGGAUCGUAGGUCUGAGUCCUCAACAGAGCAAAGAGGUCAGGACAGGAGGGACGGCCGGCAACGGAAGUCCCGUUUUCACUCGCCCACAACCACAUGGUCACCCAAAAGAGAAUCCAGACGGGAAGGAUCACGACGGUCACGCUCCCGGGACCGCAGCCGUACUGCCGGCUCACCUUCCAGGACCCGCAGCCGUGAGCGCGAUGAGGACAGGAGCAGCUCCAGGCGUAACCGCAGUCGAGAGAGAGGGAGCAGGAGGCGUACGCGAAGUCGGUCACGGAGUCGCUCUAGGUCUCGCUCCAGGUCCAGAAAUCGACAUAGUCGCAGAGGCUCAUCACAGGAGCGUGACCAAAGGGGUCAGUCUCCUCGGAAAAGGGAACCGUGGAGUGGGGAGGGCUGGCGGGGUGGUCGUGGCUCCCGGGACUCUAACUGGAGGAGCAGCUCAGACAGGCAGAGUCAGCAUUCUGGGAGGGAGACAAGUGGCUCGAAAAAUGGCAGCUUUCCUGAGACGUCACCAGACAGGGGUAGAUCAGAGAAUCCAGACUGGGUGAAGGAAAGAACCUGGCCUGAUUCUGAGAGUAGAAGUCGAGAGCCACGUUGGGAGAACAAUGUGGAUGAAGCCUCUGGAGAUUCUUGGUCUCGUGGUGGUGGUGGAGGAGGAGGGGGAGGAGGAGGAGGAGGUAAGGGAGGCUGGGGCUCUGAGCCAGGACGUGCUUCGGGGCGUGGUCGAGGAGGUCACUGGUCCUCCAGCCAGCAGGGGGAGUCAGCAGAUAACUGGCGGCAGCAGCGCAACUCUUACUCAGGGACACCUAACAACACGGGGAACGAUGCAUACAGCCGCUUCAAUGAAAACAGACCUGGAGCCAAGAGGAAGGAGACAGAACUCUCAGACGCUCCAGUGGACCGUUCUGGAUGGUCCUCAGCGUCCAGCUGGGCAGUGCGACGGACCCUUCCAGCUGAUGUGCAGAACUACUACUCAAGGAGAGAGCGUGGACAUGGAGCAGGGGGUGGCCCCUGGAACAGACAAGAGGAUGAACAAACUGCAUCUGGAGCCCCGAAACUUGCAGAUCUACCCCAGAGUGAGCCAAAUUCUCACCUGUCAGGUGAGGCUCCUCAUGCUCCUCUCACUGUGAUGCCCCACCAACUCAAUGUCUUGGGCGUACUCCGCUACCCACUGGGCCCAGCAGGACCUCAUGCUCCACCUGUCAGCCUACAGCCGGCCCCAUUUGGCAUGCCACCACAGAUGCCAGUUCACCUGCACCCUGCGGGGCCCAUACUCCAAAUGCCUGCAGUGGCCAUGCAGGGUUUGCCCCCUCCGCCACCACCUCCACCCCCUGUGCAGCAAGGCAGCCUUACAGUUGUAUCAAGUGACAGCCGGCCACCGCAGGUUUUUGGGAACCUCCCAGGGCUUGGCAAAAGUACAACCAAGGUCCCGCCCACCAAAGGUGCUGCUGUGAUGAACCAAGCUCCUUCUCAAACACUGCCUACUGCAGCCCAGCCCUCCUCCACCACCCAACCCCCCAGUCACAGCAAGGCACACGCUGACAGCUCCAAAAAGGAGAAGAAGUUGCAGAUUCAGGAAAGAGCCAUCAAUGAAGUGAAGACAGCAAUCAAGCCAUAUUACCAAAAGAAGGACAUCACCAAGGAGGAAUACAAGGAGAUUGUACGCAAAGCUGUGGAGAAAGUCUGCCAUAGCAAGAGUGGAGAAGUGAACUCUGACAAGGUGGCAAACCUUGUUAAAGCGUACGUUGACAAGUACAAGCAUGCUCGCAAGAAUAAAAUGGACAAAAGCUGAAGGAGACUGCAUAUAACCGUCUGUGCAAGUGCAAUUUCUCCAACAUAGCCUGUUUGUGCAGGCAGUUAACUGGAGCUCUUGUUUUCAUAUUGACAUGAAUGAAGAUUUUUAUAUAGAUUGCUUAUUUUGUUUAAUUUGGAUUUGAUAUAGCGCAAAUACCCUUUAUUUAAUUGACUUUAUAGUAACUGCUGUAAACCAGGGAGGCCAUGAGUCCCUACCAACUGUGUGUAGCCUCUGGAGAAUCCCUCAUUAGACUGAGGUUUUGACUGGUGUUGCUUUGCAUUAGUAUAGAUCUCCAUUUGGUGGCUCAGGGGAAUAACUGGUAUUUCUGUAUGAUAUCCAAUAGAUAUGACUGGGUCUCUUUCCUACUUGUUUGCUCACGGACCUUAAGGAUAAAUUGAGGUUUAAGUCGACCUGUUUGCCCUUUUUUUAUAUGCAUCAUAGUGGUCUGGAAAUCCUCAAUAAAUGUGCAUUGCCUUUACUAUACUUGGACAAUAUUGCUGCAGAGCAGUGAAGAGGAUGUGUCUGUGUGUGGCUGUAUUAUGUACCUGACUGCUUAAAGGACUUGGUCAGGUUACCAAUCAGAUAUUGAGUGUGUGAGGAGUGGGCAAGACAGAUAAAAAUUUGGUGCCCAUUAUUUUGGUAAAUUGUGCUGUAUAACCACUGUGCUUAUUUACUCUAGAGCAAUCAAAUAAAUGAGCUGCUUGUUAUCCAGCUGUAUGCGUAAGUGUGUGUCUUAUGAAAGACCAAUUGCAACAUGCUUUUGGGUGUGCUGGCUCUAGAGCUGGAUCAGAUCAGUUCUUGAUGUCCCUAUUGGCUGUCUCCAGACUCUUUCUCUGCGUAUAUUUAUGUCAGUGGGAUUUCUGUGAACGGGGGCCUCAUUGGUGGGUUUCAGCUCUGUGUCUUCAUAUUGUUUGUGAAUAUUCAUGUUUUUAGACAUGCCACAACCUUCUAUUUAUGGUGCCCAACACCAGUCAAAAAAUCCUGGGUCUUAACAUAUAGGGAUGUGCUAAUGUGCUGCUCAAGGUUACUUGCAAUUGGUUAAUGAAUUUAAAUGUUAUCUUGGAUUUUUUUUUUUUCUGUUUUUGGUGUUGAAGUCAUUUUAGGGGUUUUUUUUUAAGCCUGUCUUCUUUUUUCGUAUUUCCUUCUUUCUUUUGGUCUUGGUAAAACUGUCCCAGUUUUCACUGUUUGAAUAUUAAUGAACAUUGUUGUAAUCGCAUAUUAUCUCCAACCUUUUGUCUUAGACAUUUUAUGAACCAGAGAUGUUUAGAAAAAUCACUGCAGUAUUAAAGAUUUAUGAAAUUGUA